AUGAACGAAGAUGACGAGGGUCUGUUGUCUGCCUUUCGCCGCUUCGAGCAACAUGGGGGGAAUCCACUUUUCCGAGCAUUUACACCAGUGGGAAGAAAUAGAUCGUUUCGUGGCAUUGUAGACAAAAAGAAAUAUAGGCUUACUUUACAACAACUGCGAGAUGCGCAAGAUGAACCACUAGGGGAAGCCAUCACCAAAGCUCUAAUUCAGGGGCUGCAGCAGGUGGUGAAAAACGAGGGUUUGAAAGUCCAGGAUAAAUCUUUGCUAGUCGCUAUCAUUCAAACUCAUUCACUCAUGUCUGGUCACAAUCUGCCCGAAAUGUCCCUUUAGAAGAAUGGUUGUCUAAUGGGGCUUACACCCGCGCCUGGCUGGAAGAGUUAGCCAAACUGAAUUCAGCUCAAGUCAUGGACCCCCAACGAGAUGGCUUUUAUGUAGAACUCACCUUUGUGAAACGGUUGGGUCGUGGAGGAAAGAACGGGGGUAAAAAAGCCAAUCCUGGCCGCCAUGCGUGGGAGAAAUUGGCCAAGAAAAAGAGGUCUGUUGUCACAAUCCAAAAUAAAGACAAUCUCUGCCUCGCCCGGGCCAUUGUGACGAUGAAGGAGAGGGUGGACAAUGGCUCCCAGUAUCAGAAUCUAAGGAAAAGGAAGACCCAUUCAAGAACGAUUAGCCAAAAUGUUGCAUCGAGAAGCGGGUGUUCCCGGAGGCCCCUGUGA